UGCGAGUGGAAAGUCCAGGGUCCCUCCAGGGCUUCCUUGAUAUGCCAGCAGGACCCUGGACUUUCCACUCCAAAAGCCCUUCUCAUUAUCAAAUCAACCUCCUUUUUUUCGAACUAGCAUGGCAACUUGUCACCCUCUGAACCUUCGCGAUUAUCAGUCUCAGUCUCUCGAUAAUGGCUUCGUUAUUACCUCUGCUUGUAUCUUGUCGCCUGCGCUUGUGUUUAUCUUUGCCUUGAACCUUGUGCUCUAUGGAACAGGCUUGUUUCUCGGCAUCAUCAGCAUCUUCGUGCUCCUGAGAAGAAAACGCGAUUGGUCUUCUACAGCUCUGGCGAAGCCUGUCUUGACUGCUGUCGGAAUCUCAUUAGGUCAGUGCGUAAGGUCAGCCGGUCCAAGUCGUUUGGGUUUAGGGAGCUGCAUGCACUGUCUUCAGUCGGUAACCCCGUACCUUGUAGGUUAUACGGGUACGUACCUGGCCCUCCUGUUCGAUGCUCCGCCAGGGACUGCCGUGCUAUUGUGGUAUGGGACAGGGCUGGCUGCAAACUUCUAUCAGGUGUGCAUUGCAAAACUGUGGGCGGAUCCAAUUCGAGACCUUCUGCAGCAAAAGGAGUUUUCGCCCACCGCUCAAGCCCGUUUCGAUCUUAUGAACUCGCAAAUCGAGCGGCGGCUGCUCAUAAUUCUCGGGUGUUGCCACACUUUCAUUGCAUCCAUGUCCAUCGGAUGGGCCUUCUACCUGCAGAAGCGUGAUGCAGCGAAGGCAUUUCUCUUUUUUGCCGUGUUCACUACGAGCUCUUUAAUUUGCACCGCCGUGCUUCAAAAUUGUGCGCGGACUUCUAUGAAUCAGAUGCUAGCGCACUUGGAAGAAGCUGCGGAUUUUGUAAACGAUUCUGCAGUCACCGGGACGAAAAUUCAGAGGCUCCGCAGCUCUACAGUUAAUGAGCCGUUGUGCAACCUGGCAGGGCCUGCGGCCGAGGAACAUGCCAGUGGUCCCCGUGAGGAUGUCCGACGUGUGAUUCAAGUGGUCCAAGUAUCCCGGCAAACCGCAAGGUUUUCCGGAUACAGCGUCCCAAUGACGCAAUUUGCCGUUAUAAUAUGGACGGUGGCUGUCCGCUCUCCAGAAUCCAUGGGUGGCAUCAGCUUCUUGCUGUCGAUGCGUUCCUUACUCAUCUGUCCGGUGAUUUUUGCAACCAUAUGGGUUUACGGCAUCCAAGUAGGACUGCAACGCAACCGCUCCAACAAAGGGUCAUCCGAGACCCGUGUCUCAACAGCAGCAGGAGCUUCAACCACGUUACGAAAACCAGUGACCUCGGGCACGUCCUCUAAAUCAUCCUCGCAGAACAGCCAUCAGCAGGGGUUCUCCGCCGCACACGAGGGUGGCAGGAGCGGUCGCUUUAUUGGGAUGGGCCAACAAUCGUCUACGAGAAAUAUCGCGCUUCUAGCUCCAUCGUCACGCGCUCCUCCAUCAGUGUUUGAGGAUGAUGACACGUCCCCAUUUCCGACGCUGGUGUCUCCGUCGCUAAUGAAGCGAGGGGCUGAAAUCAACGGUCAAUGCAGCGCGUCGUCACGAUUGUUCGCGGACUGCGACGAUGAGAGGGGGCGGAGUGGCGGAGGAGGCUUGGAACCUGUUUAGCAAGAUUUUGGAAUGGGACUUCUGGAAGCCUUCGAAUGGGAGGCGUGGAUUGAUGUGGAUGUGGCGCCCGUUUACCUAUCUUCUCGGGUCGAACGCAACAUCCCACGUGCUUGGGUCUCGCCUAUCCAGUACUUAGGAACGGUUUUUAUGCGUAUGCUGAGGGCCACCCUUUAUUCGGUCGCGGGGGCUCGGUCGUGAUAGACGGAACAGUUUUGGGGUGUUGAGACAUUAGAGUUUUACAGAUACCCACAAGACGUAGGUUUUCACAUCAUAUUAAUAGAUGCGGCUUAAGUCGAUAACAUUAUGAUUGUCAUGGGAG